AUGUCUGUCAUAUGGGAUCAAUUGGCACUCACAGAACCUCAAUGGACCGUAGAUGCACCUUUGUGGGAUACCUAUCGUGAGGAAACAAGACUGGUACAGCUCUUGAUGGCACUUCGAGAUGAGUUUGAAUCUGUAAGAGCAUCAAUUUUACAUGAGUCACCUCUCCCAACAAUGGAUACUGCCAUGACCAAGCUCCUCACAGAAGAUACAAGAAAUGGCAUUAAUCCUGACAUAAACUCAGUAUUGUUGCCCCUCGCUCCUAUAAUACUUUUCAUAAAGGAAAUCCAGAUAUACCCCAACGUGAUUUAUCUCAAAUUCAAUGUCGUUAUUGCAAAGAGUAUGGACACAAGAAACAUCACUGCUCAAUCCACUACACCAAUUGCAGCAGAUAUCCAAGAGAUGAUUCAUCAAGCUCUUAAUAUGAAAAACAAUGAUCACUUGAUGAAGAAGCAGAUUGAGACCGGCCGUAGAGUUGGUCGAUUAUAUGCAGUAGACAAGCUUCACAUUCCUUGCUCACCCAUCACAUCGCUCUUUGCUGCCUCUACACCUACUUGUACACCGUUCAUGUCUUGGCACUCACGUCUAGGCCAUAUUUCAUUUUCUUGUCUUCGCUAUAUGUUCAAUAAAAGAUUGUUGGAUCAAUCUAAAAUUGACAAAGAACCUUGUUGUGUCACUUGUAGAUUGGCAAAACAACCUGCUCUUCCUUUUAAUAAUAGUACAACAUCUUCCUCCGCUCCCUUUGACCUUAUGCACUCUGAUAUUUGGGGUAAAGCUCCAAUUUCCUCCAUGGGAGGUGCUUUAUAUUAUGUUUUAUUUGUAGAUGAUUACUCUCGCUACACAUGGAUAUAUAUAUUACGUUCUCGUUCAGAUUUUCUUAAGAUUUAUAUCGAGUUUAGCACCAUGAUUCAAACUCAGUUCUCCAAAACCAUCAAAGUGUUUCGUUCUGAUUCCGGUGGGGUAUAUAUCUCCACUUCUUUCCUUGAUUAUCUAAAAUCCCAAGGAACUACUCCACAACUUUCUUGUCCCGAAACACCACAACAAAACGGUGUUGUAGAACGUAAACACCGACAUAUUAUAGAAACGGCUAGAUCUUUACUGAUUUCCUCAUCUGUUCCUAGUCAUUUUUGGGGGGAAUCUAUUCACACUUAUGUAUUUAUCAUUAAUCGCAUCCCCUCUUUGGAGAUCUCGGCCGGGAUUGGAGGAGUUCGCGGGCGGGAUUGUGUGGAGAUCUCGGCCGAGUAUUGA